AUGGGCGCCGUCGGCUCCAGGGUCGACGAUGGGUCUCCCUUCUAUAUCAAGGAUCAGUCGCGCUUGACUCUAUCCUCUCUUGUCGUCUCGAACGGUCUUCGCAAGGUCAUUUUUCACACGACCCCUAAUGCAUAUCCCGCGACGCGCUUUUCUGCGCGUAGAGAGGCUGGCGAUGAUACUCCUGUAUCCUAUGUCCAAGAUCCAGAUUCAACGAACCUGCAGUUCCUCCCGCGAUUAGACCUCGACGAUGAACUCGACUUCCGCUUUACCUUCGUUACCCGCCAAACUACAAAUGCUUCACCCACACCUACCAGCGCGCCCAGCGUAGGACCAAUCGACACUCAGAUUAAUGGACUGACAUUUGCCUACGCAUCCAACACGAAAGAGUUGGACACACUGGUUACAAGAGAGUUCCAUGCGGACCCUAACCUGCACAAGAAUUCAAACGUCCAGUUUAUUGGGGACUUUCACACCAACGGAUCACCCUCCAUCGAGUUCGAAUGGACCUGGAGAUGGAAACCGCCAAAGAUGAACCAAGAUCGAGGGGGCGGAUGGAGGCAUAGUUGCAGCUUUCUUGAAUACGACUCCCGUGCCCAUCGUCUAAACACCCUCGCCUCGUUCGCAUUUUGGGUACACAGGUCCUCCCCGAUAGUACCAACUCCGUUAGCAUCACCAGGCUUUGAUCUAACAGUGCCUGUCUACCGGAACCAGAGACUUCCUUCUUCUCAAUCCUACCAAUCUGCUGUGAGCGAUACGGAAGACUUUCAGCAGCCUCCAUCACCGCAUGUCAUUUCAACAGAGCUGCCUGUACAGCCGCCGUUCGCCCCACCGGUGCCGGCUCCUGUAGCCCCGAUCAUUGAUGUUCUCUGCCAGCGUCCGGGCGAAGACAUGAGCUCCGUUGAUGAUGGUCCCGUAUUUCGGGCCACAAUGAAAUCACUGGAGCAAAAGACUGGCAAUAUGCGGGUUCAAAUCAAGAAAGUCCUAAAAAGAGCAGAAGCCGCCCACCAAGCCCAAGUCGAAUGCAACACGACCAUGCGGGCCUUCCUAGCUGCAUUGCAGGAGGCAUCUGCUUCAAACGCAAGCGCUUUCAAACCAGCAUUGGACCAUUACUUUACCAAAAUUGCACAACGCCUUCUCGAUUAUGAAACUCAAAAUGCGCUUCUCUUACAGAGGCAAGUCAUCGAACCUGUUACCAGGCUUUAUAACCUGGACAUCAAAGCUGCCGACCAGAAGAAGAAGGAUUUCGAUGAGGAGAGCAAGGAUUACUAUGCGUACGUGAGCCGCUACCUCGGUCAAAGAACGGAUUCUCUCAAAGAGAAGAAACGCGCCGAGAGCGACACCAAGUAUCAAAACAAAAAGCGUAACUUUGAAUUGAAGCGCUUCGACUACUCGUCCUUUAUGCAAGACUUGCACGGUGGUCGAAAAGAGCAGGAACUUUUGUCGCAGCUUACCAAAUACGCCGACCGUCAGACGAAGACGUUUUUGGAGACAUCGAGGAAGGUUGAGGUCUUGACACCGCAAUUGGAUGCCCUUGUAAAAGAAGUAACGGAAGCAGACAAGGAAUACAAACUGCAGCGCACGGAACGAGAAGAGAAAAGACGAAACCUAGAGAAGAACGCUACCUCAUCGACCGACAAUGAGCCAGUUGCACAAGUCAGCUCACACCCUUCCUCCGCCCCUUCACAAAACGGAGUCGGCGGCUACAAUUCUGAUACGGAUCUCAGUCGAGCAGACAGCACGAGCUCACAAUUUGCUGGCAAAACGGCCAAGACGCUCUCACCCAGCAAUUCUCUUCAUGCUCCGGGCGCGGGAACUCUAUCAACGUCGCCUGGCGCUGCAUCGAUAACGACAACACCAAGCAAGUUCAAAGGCAUUCGUGAUCUCGAGGAGAGGGACUCUUCUAUCGCUUCCACACUUGACAAGGCCGGCAUGGGACAAAUCCGCAAGGAGGGUCUCCUCUGGGCGUUGAGCAAACCUGGUUCCCACAUUGAUCCCAAAGGUAUUAACAAACAGGCAUGGCACAAGUUCUGGGUUGUGCUGGAUCAGGGCAAACUUUCCGAGUACAGUAACUGGAAAGAUAAGCUCGACCUUCAUCGAGAACCCAUCGAUCUUCGCAUGGCAUCUGUACGAAUGGCACGUGAUGCUGAGAGGAGGUUCUGCUUUGAGGUCAUCACUCCGCAUUAUAAACGCGUCUUCCAGGCCACCUCCGAAGACGACAUGACGAACUGGAUCAACUCCAUUAACAACGCCCUUCAGAGUGCUGUCGAAGGACGCAGUGGGAAGUCAAUCUCACAACACUCGUCUGAAACGGUUAGUCGAGAGUAUGGGUCUGUCCUCACGGGCAAGAGCUCUUCGCAAUCGGGCCCACACGGGCAGUCACACAAGAACGAUGUCGGAGUCAGCAGGCGCAUCACUGUAGGUGCGCGACCGUCGUACGUUCGGACCACCAGCAGCAGCUACGAAGACAAUCCCUCGAAACUGCUGCAGCAGAUCCGAGACAUCGAUCAGGGCAACGCCUACUGUGCUGACUGCGGCUCGACGAGCAAAGUUGAGUGGGUGUCGCUGAACUUGGCCAUUCUUUUGUGCAUCGAGUGCGGCGGCAUCCACCGAUCGCUAGGCACCCACGUAUCGAAGAUUCGAUCUCUGACGCUGGACAUCUACUCAUUUACCAACGACAUUGUGGAGCUCCUCCUCUUGGUUGGUAAUCGUGUGAGUAACAUGAUUUGGGAGGCGAAACUGGAUCGUUCUCUGAAACCAGAUGCAAAUUCGUCCCGGGAUCAACGGUUGAGGUUCAUUACAGCGAAGUAUGUUGAGCGGGCCUAUGUUGAGCUCAACACUGGUCAGUUUGUUUCGGCCGAAGACACUCUCUUGACGUCAAUCAAGAAGAACGAGGUCCAAGGUGUUCUUCAAGCGAUAGCACAAAAGGCCAAUGUCAACGCGCACGAUCGAUCACGAAAUACACAUGCGGUGCUCCUGGCACUUGCGGCUGCCGACCCGGCCCAUCCGUUGGGAAGCCCACAAGCAUCACCUCGGACACCUCCCGCAGCUGCAACAGCAAAAGCCUUUCCAAUCGCGGAGCUGCUCGUGCAGAAUGGUGCGGAAAUACCCACAGAGACGCCGCCAAUUCCAUUGAGUUCGGCAGCGCAGCUAUACAUCGAACAAAGGACAGCCAAGGCCAGUAGCACGGGACCGGGGAACGAUACGUUGGGUCCUCUACCGAACGUUAGUGGGCGUGGAAUUGUCCCAGCGGACAGUGCAAGCAACCGACUUCAGAAAAGGGGGAGUGCUGGAUCACGAUUCGCCGGCAAGGUGGUCGGGUUGGGGGAACGGUAG